AUGAGGUCGGGACUGCCUGGGACCAUCCUGGUACUAGCGGCAGUCGUCUGCCUCGCCCUGGCCACCUGCUCUACGCCCGUCAUCAAGAGUCUGAGCUUCCUGGAUGCGACAGCGAGCGGAUCGAACAGACAUAUUCGACUAGGAACAUUGGGGGCAUGCGUCGGUAAUACUUGCAGCAGUCCAAGGCUGGGCUACAGCUUUGGUGAGGGGUCUUUUAGGCAUUGUCGCUCGAGAGGCUGAUCGUCCAGGCUGAUGUCGAUCCCUCGUAUGCGCCUUGGUAUAUACGCAGACUCGGACAUCUUUGAUGUGCCCAACCUCGUCCCAGAGAAUUGGAGCAGUACAGUCAUCAAGGGUUUAACGUACACCUUGAUCCUUCAUCCAGUAGCCCUUGCUGCGUCGCUCAUAGUGCUCGUGUUCGGGCUGUUCAGCCUAUGCCGGACGUACUCGACGGGCUGCUGCUCCAGCCUGUUUGCUGGGUUCGCAGCCGGUAUCACAGUCCUUGCAUUUGGCCUGGACUGCGCACUCUUCAUCAUUGCGAAGAAGAGGAUCGAGUCGACGGGAGGCUCAGCUUCGCUCGGCGCUGCUUGUGAGUUCGGCUUUACGUCCAACGAUCUUUGGCCUUUCUACGCAUCCAUCUGACGCGUAUUCGUGGUGUCCGGGAUGGCACAGUAUGGUUGACAUUGGCAGCGUGGGUCUGUCUGUUCCUGUCUACUUGCGCAUUCGGCUGUGGGGCCUGUUGCGGUGGAAAGGGUGGUCGUAAAGACAAGCUCAAAGAUAGCUACGGCCAGCCUGGCCCCAAUGGUGGCUUUGUCGGCGACAACUACGGCGAGAGAAUGCGCAUGGACGCUCUGCGAGCCGAGCAAGACCGACAACGGCGACAGGAGCUUGCCGGGUCUGAUUCCCUGCCCAAAUUUGCUGUGUACGAGCAGGAGAUCGAAGAGGAGCAGCCUCUGAAACAGCAUCAAGAUUCCUCUCAUGCGAACGGAUACGGCUACCAACCGUACCCGCAGCAGCAACACCAGUUCCAUGACCCGUACGCCGGCUAUGGCAAUCAGCAUGGCUACGUAAGCAACGAGCCAACGCACGCUUACGCGCAACCGAACGCGCAUUCUUUUGCACCCAGAAGAGAUUUCAGCGAUGUGCCGAAUCCUGGCAUGGCUGGGUAUGGUGCCCACUCUACCCCGCCGCCCCAGCGGGCGCCCUCGUCAGCAGCUGCAUCGCACUACCAAGAGCCCACGUACACGCCUGGUGUGGGACCACAACCUUACCGAGACGGGCUUGAGCGCGAUGGUAGCAUGAAUCAUGCAUUGGCCGCCGGCGCUGCUGCUGGCGCUGCUGGCUACGCUGCGUACGAAAGCACUCGUCGGCAGCCGACCAUGGAUGAUGCAGGCUAUACUUCCGCAUGGCCCAACGCUCAGCACCCCAACGAAGGAACAUUUGGAGGCAUGCCCGAGAGGGCUGGUAGCACGGUGAGCUACAGGGAUCCAUCAAAUACCUAUGGCGCCUCUGACGCGCAAGCAGAGGCACAGUAUGGUCAUGCUGUAUCUCCAAGUCGGGAUCAAAAUUAUUACGCAGCUGGUGCCAGUACCGGACGAUCGCCAUCCCGCGUUCAAGGUUCUCGGCGCCUGCCGACCAUCCCUGUCGGCGACGAUAAGCGACAGGCUAGCGGAACUGCAGGCGAUGAUGGAUUCGGCUUGGCGGUGCUGCAGGCUGGAGCAGCAGCCAAGUCGCAAACGAGUCAUGCGCAUGCUCCUUCGCAUCUGACCGACUUUGAUAUGGUGACGAGUCCCGCAUCGGCACACGAUGAUGCGCACAGAGCCGCUGUUGAAGCUGCGUAUGCACAGCACCACGCUCAACACCAUCAAAAUCAGCGAAAAGCAGAGGCGGACCCAUAUGGUGGAUACGAUGCGGCCGGCACGUAUACUUCGGCUCAGCAUGGAGAUACGUAUGAAGGCCAUCAAGAUGGCGGACAUGGACCGCCUGGGUACGAGUCGGCUUACCAUCAGGACUCUCACGCAGCACCGGGGCAACAUCAGAGUAAUGCCCACGGGGCUUACUCUCAUCAAAACGCUUAUAAUGAUGGAUAUGGAGGUCGGGGGCAGCAGCAAUAUGGGCAAGAGAAACGGUACUGA